AAUACAAAGAGCAAUGAGCACAGAACCACAUGCGAGGAUGUCGUGCUCAGCCUAGUAAAAUUUCAGUUUCUCUCCUCUCUCUACUUGAACCUUCUGGACGGGAGAACUUGGGCUAUAAAAGAGAGCUAAAACCACUAAAAUUUUCAUUGAUCACAAUAAACUCCCAAAAGGGUUCCAAGGUAUAGAGAUAUUCAGUGUGUUGUCUAUAUCGGUGCAACAACAAAGAUGGGCAGUUUGAUCCGAUUUGUGCUCAUGGUCAUCACAGUAACGAGCCUAAUCUCAUUUGGGUCCGCAUUCACGGCCCGUGCAACAUACUACACAAAAUAUAUCCCAUCUUCAUGCUAUGGCAAUGUGGAUCAAGGCACAAUGAUCGCAAAAAUUGGAGAAGAGUUUUACAGGAAGGGGUACGAAUGCGGGAAGAAGUUCUACGUUCGAUGCGUUGAAGGAUUGAACACAACCACUUGCCGAGGGGAUGGUACUAAUUUCGUAACCGUUAAGAUUGUUGGUCUAUGUUCAUCAAGUGAAUGCCCAUCAUCAUCUUUCAGUAUUUCCCUCUCCAAGGAGGCUUUCAACAAGAUCGCGUAUCCUGGGCAAAGAACCAUACGAGCCGAGUUGGAAGUGGCAUGAACAAGCGACAGAUCAAGUUAAGGCUAUGUUUUUCGAAAUUGCAAUUGGGAGCUCCCAGAAAAUAAUGUAACCUUGCAAUCAGCUAAGAAAGAAUAAUCUGGAGAUUUGCAAUCA